AUGUGACGCUUUGCCUCCGUUAAAUGAGGGUCAGUUUAACCACGGACGCAUAUAGGGGAUACAGAUUCAUGGUUUGACUGCGGAGGGUCGCAUGGGACAAGAUGUUUUUUUAAUCAUCGCCGUUGUCUUUCAGAUUCAUGAAAAUGACUGAAGGGUAGAAGGAUAAAUUAUUUACACACAAAGAAUUAACGAAUUAUUGCUGUCGGGUUUUCUACUAUGAACGACAAAAAAUUCAACGGGGCGCCAUUUGGGGUGCAAUCUGCAAGGUUUGAUGUAUCAGGCAUCCAUCCAAACAGCAAAAUGCCUGGGACUUUCACAGAGGUUUCUUAUCACAAGAAAUCAAAUGAGAUUCUAUGUCGCAGAUUGGGUCCAGGUGUGUACAAUGUUGAAGAGAAUGGCUUCCAUCCCAAGACAGUAGAGGAGCGAACAAAAGGUCCAGGGUGGGCGCGCCAGUACGAGGUAGAGCGCAUUGCUGCUAUGCCCCAUCUUCUUUUCAAAGACCAGUGGCUUGAGCGACACACUCUUCAACAAAAACUGGGACCUGGUUCCUACAACAUAAAGGAUUUCAUACAGCUGUUGUCAGAGAAGCCUGGUAGCUCAAGAGGUUUGUGUGAAGGUCAUGCAAGUCGCUUUGCAACACAGAUUCUUAGUGACACACCAGGGCCUGGCACUUAUGGAAUGAAAGGGAUUCCUCAUGCCCUUAUAGAAGAGAAAGCACAUCGUUCAGCUGGUAAAAGGGGGAUGCUUUCAUCUGGUUCCCCAGCUCGUGGCUCAUCCUCUACAGGAUGCCCUCUUGGACCAGGUACAUAUGAAUCCAAGAGCUGUAUUGAUGAGCUUCUGAAUAAAGUUGUCAGUAAACGGGGACCAUAUGAUCUAUAUUCUGGCAACAGAAGUAAACCAAUUUCUCAAGGAUUUUAUGCUGCACCCAAAAGAGUCAACCUUGGCCCUGGACAGUACAGCAUCAAAUCGUUUGUUGAUGAUUUAACUUCUGAGCAUGUGGUACACAAGGGUAAACUUGGAAUAGAGGCCCAGUAUCCACAACAUCCACCAGAACGCAUUUACCAAUGCACAUUGGCCCAAUAUCCAAGGGAAAUGGGAGCCCCAGGACCAGGCAGUUAUGAUCCUAAACAGCAGGAGAAACCACAGAGCAAAAACCCACCUUUUUUCUCCUCUGCUGAAAGGAUGAGUCGCAGACAUCUUCGCCUCAUGAUGGGCAGCUACAACCCUGUGGGCCCAGGGCGCUAUGAUUUUCAGAAGUUUGACGAAGCCAAGCACCGAAACGGCCACCAGUACGUCUUCAAAUCAAAGACAGGCAGGCUAACUAGAGCGCAAGAAGGAAUAUUAAGGGAGCGUAUUAGAGCAAAAGACGUGCCUUUGGCUGAACGUUCCUUCCUUGUUCCCCCCCAAGGCUUGCCGGCCUAUGACGUGGCCCACACCCUCUACGACUUCUCCAGACAGCGAGCAGCAACUGUGGCUUGACACAUCACUGGUGUUUAGAAGCCAUUUAUCACUCUUUUCAGUGGAACAGUUUGUUUACUUCUUGCAUCUGACUGCUUCCUCUAGAACCUACCACCAAGAAUGCUCCAUUUCUCUUUUAUUGUUUCAAACUGUGAAGUCAGCAUUCCAGUCAUCUUACCUUUUGAUGUCAAGACAUUGUUUAUGACCAUUACAAAUGCAUGCAAACAACCUAGUAUAAAGAGAAGAUGCUCACACUCUUUCAAACCACCAUUUUGUGCAUUUCGAUUGGUGUGGAAAUGCAUGUUAAUAGAAAUUUGUGCACAGGGUAAGAAAUGGUCUUUCUUUGCCAGGGGCUACAAGACUUGCAAGAAUCAGUGUGUUGACCAUUUGUAUCACUUUUUUCAGUCUGCUUAUGUUCUGUUCUGCAAGACUUCACAAUGUACACAGAAUCCAAAUAUUUUAACCUCUUUACGGCAAAUAGCUUGUUAUUCUCACAGAACGCUUUUAUGCUAAUAAUAAAGAUCAUUUAAAUAACACAAUAUCUUAGUCAACAGGCUAGCUCAUUGACCUGAUGAUAGCUGCUACUCACUUGACAAAUACUAAUCAUACAUUACUGCAAAAUUCAAGAGCCAGUAAGGAGAAUGGUGAAAGGUCACACUAUAGCAAGAGAUCAGUUAUUUUACCACGAUCGCUACUGAGAAAAACCAAACAAAAGAAAUUGAAGUAAACCAGAGUGAAAAAUAUAUCCAGUUUGCAUUGUGGGAAUAGCUAGUCAAAUGCACACAAAGAACCAUCACUGACAUCAAAUUAUUUCCAUGACAAAAAGAAAACGGGGGGAAAAUUGAUGCCCGAGACGAGAGCUAAACCUAGGACAGCCAAACUUCACUGUAUUGAUGACGGGCGCUAACAGUUGUACAACCAGACUGCCCCAAACAAUAGAAAAUAUAACCUCACGUUUGUUUUUCACUCGGUCCCUCUUAAAUCAGUAUUAUGCAAAGAAUUAGUUUGUCAUAUUAAAAUUUGUUUUAUCGUGUUACCGUAAAUGACUUUUUACUAGGCUAGAGCAGUGGUUCUCAAAGUGUGGUCCAUGGGCAUAAGUGAGGUGGUCCGCGGCUGCCAGUCGUCAUGUCAGCAAAGUGAUGUUUAAAUUGCCAGAUAGGCUUAUAGAAAACUUCAGUUAAGUAUGUCAACUUAUUGCUAUACUACUGUCACAAAAGGACAUUUAGUUUUGAAUUGUAAUGAAACAAAUGUGGCAAUUUAAAUUCAUAGUACAGACUGAUUUUUAGGCCUUGGUGGUCCGCCAUAUUUUUUACUUAAGUAAAGUGGUCCGCGGUCCAAAUACUUUGAGAACCACUGGGAUAGAGGAUGCAAUAUUUCAUCAAUACUUACACUGUGGUUGUAUAGACUUGUAAAGCUCUGCUUGCAUGUAUACUUGUCAGAGACAUUUUUUUUAUCUGUUGUUUUAUGCUGUUAUUUGCAUUGGGGAGGGGGGUGGAGAUAAUUGACACCUCCACUCUUCAUCUUUUUUUAUAGAUAUUCGUUUUUUGCUUCAGUAUUAUGGCACUUGUUAUUAUAAUGCCAAAGUUGGUCAUAAUCAGUUGCUUAUAGCACUGGAAAAUAUUCAGAUGACCAUGCUCUAUGCUCAUUUUUUCCCUUAGUUGGCAAUCAGUAUUAUUUUAUUCAUGUGGAGUACAUAAUAAAGCUACUGCCUUAUC